CGUAUACUUCCGGCUGCGGCGCGCAGGCGGAAAGGUUUUGGUGACGGACUGUGCCGGUGAAGGGCGUGGGGUGAGUGGAGGAGGCUGGAGACCGUAGGCUGUCUUGGAUUGCUUGUUGGAGCUGCAGGAGAAGGGGUCGGUGGCGGGUAACAACGCGGGGCCGACGCCCGGCCUUUCCGCCGCCGAGGUGGCCGCCCCGCGCCGUCUUUGCGGCGCCAGUUCCGGGGCACUGCCUUCGGCCUCCCUUCGCUCUGCCGCGCCAGAGCUCCGCACAAGCACCACGAUGUCGGCCCCCUGCCCAGGCCCCCUUCGCCUCCUCUUCCCAUAAGAGACUUCCAGAUCUCAAAGAUUUUUGACUGAUUUUAAGCAUUUCUCUAUCUAUAGCUAUCUGUUUACAUUCCGACUGGGAACAUUGGGAUCACUUUCAUCAUGCCUACAGUGGUGGUAAUGGACGUAUCCCUUUCCAUGACCCGACCUGUGUCUAUCGAGGGGUCCGAAGAAUAUCAGCGCAAGCACCUGGCAGCCCAUGGUUUGACAAUGCUGUUUGAACACAUGGCCACAAAUUACAAGCUUGAGUUUACAGCUCUGGUGGUUUUUUCAUCACUCUGGGAAUUGAUGGUUCCCUUCACAAGAGAUUAUAACACCCUACAGGAAGCACUAAGUAAUAUGGAUGAUUAUGAUAAAACCUGCUUGGAGUCUGCAUUAGUUGGUGUUUGCAAUAUCGUUCAGCAAGAAUGGGGUGGUGCAAUUCCUUGUCAGGUUGUCCUGGUGACAGAUGGCUGUCUUGGCAUUGGUAGAGGGUCACUGCGGCACUCCCUAGCUACUCACAGCCAACGCAGUGAGAGCAACAGGUUCCCACUACCUUUUCCUUUCCCAUCUAAGUUAUACAUCAUGUGCAUGGCAAAUCUGGAGGAGCUUCAGAGCACUGAUUCCUUGGAUUGCCUUGAACGUCUUAUAGAUUUAAACAACGGUGAAGGGCAGAUUUUUACUAUUGAUGGCCCCCUGUGCUUGAAAAAUGUACAGUCUAUGUUUGGAAAACUGAUAGAUCUGGCAUAUACACCUUUCCAUGCCGUUCUCAAGUGUGGCCACCUAACCGCUGAUGUGCAAGUCUUCCCCAGGCCAGAACCUUUUGUUGUAGACGAGGAAAUCGAUCCUAUCCCUAAAGUCAUUAACACAGAUUUGGAAAUAGUGGGAUUUAUUGAUAUAGCUGAUAUUUCAAGUCCCCCAGUUCUGUCUAGACAUCUGGUCCUACCUAUAGCACUUAACAAAGAAGGUGAUGAGGUGGGUACUGGUAUAACUGAUGACAACGAAGAUGAAAAUUCAGCCAAUCAGAUUGCAGGCAAAAUACCCAACUUUUGUGUCCUGCUCCAUGGCAGCCUAAAAGUGGAAGGAAUGGUGGCGAUAGUUCAAUUAGGUCCUGAAUGGCACGGAAUGCUCUACUCCCAAGCUGACAGCAAGAAGAAAUCAAACCUCAUGAUGUCUCUCUUUGAGCCUGGCCCAGAACCUCUCCCAUGGCUAGGGAAAAUGGCACAGUUGGGUCCUAUUUCAGAUGCUAAAGAAAACCCUUAUGGUGAGGAUGAUAAUAAGAGCCCAUUCCCCCUGCAGCCCAAAAACAAACGCAGUUAUGCCCAGAAUGUGACGGUGUGGAUCAAACCCAGUGGCCUGCAGACAGAUGUACAGAAGAUUUUAAGAAAUGCAAGGAAACUACCUGAAAAAACACAGACAUUCUAUAAGGAGCUGAACCGUUUACGAAAGGCUGCCUUGGCCUUCGGUUUCCUGGACCUGCUCAAAGGGGUGGCUGACAUGCUAGAAAGGGAGUGCACGCUGCUGCCUGACACGGCUCACCCCGAUGCUGCGUUCCAGCUGACUCACGCCGCCCAGCAGCUCAAGCUGGCCAGUACUGGCACCUCUGAGUACGCCGGGUAUGACCACAACAUCACACCUUUGCAGACAGACUUCUCUGGGAGCAGCACUGAAAGAAUGUGAAGCUGACUUCAUUCUUUUUUCAAGUGAAAAUAAUUUAGGGUAAAAACGUUUCUGGUCUGUUCACCUCUGCAACAGCUACCCAAAGACCUUCCCAAGGCUGCCUCAGAAGCACCACUUGCAGGUUUGACUCUGCUACUCUGAGAAGGGUUCUGCAGGGUGGGCAGCUGCUCGGGCUUUGACCUUAGCUUUCUGGAGCUCAGAGUCUUUAAAACCAAAAGACAGCUGUUGCUCCCAAAAUGGGCACGUCUCCUGAGAAGCCUGAAGGACUGACAAGCGUAGAGCCCUCUCCACCUUCCUCGGGCACCCUAACAACCUGGGUUCUCUGUUCCUGAAAUGCCCUUCACUAUUCUCCUCUCCCAGCCACAGGGACAUUUCCAGGUACCUAUGGUUGGGAAAGGAGACUUGCUAAGUACAAGCUCAACAUCACUAAGUUUCAGAAUUUCCUUAGAACUUGGGCAAAAUGUCGGUGGUAACCCUUAGGUGCUUUUGGUAUAUCUUGAGAUACAAACUUUUAAACAGCAACCAUAAAUGUAUAAAAUGAUUCUUGUUUUUUCAAAUUUUUUUUAAUGAAAAUAAAAUAUUUGAUUUUC